CUCAGCUCAGCCUAGGAGCUCAGCCGAGCUGCGCGCCGCCGCCUCCAGCUCCCCUGCCGCAGCGCGCCGCAGCCGGGCCUCCCCGCGCGGGCGCCGGAGUGGAAGGAAGGCUGGCAGCCUCGUCACGUGUCCGCUGCAGUCGCGAAACAGUUCCAGUGGUGAGGAGACCUUUCCAAAUAUAAGAAGAAUAAAGAAGUCACCUCCCCAGCUGUCAUCAUCUUCCAGCAGAUUGAGCAAGAAUAUUUUGAGCACUACAGGAAAGACAGUCCAUCAAACCCUAGAUGAUGAUCAGCCACGUGAUUUUUUCAAGAAGAGGAAUAGGGUGAAUGAAUCUCAUCAGAAAAGCAGCAAUAUGAAUGCUGGCCCAUCUUGGAAUAAAGUGCAACAUUCAAAGAAUUCUUCAGGAAAAAGGCAGAGUAAAUCCCAAGUACCCCACGCUUCUUCCCAGCCGAGAAGCAGCCUCACAGCUGUCACCCAGCCUACUGAAGAAAAACUUAAAGAAAGCAUUUCCCCGGAAGCAAGACGAAAAAGGAAUCCACUCGGUUCCAGGUGUCAGGGGGCCUCAGGGAAUAAAUUGUUUCUUGAUUUUCAGUCAAUGAAAAUUAUUAAAGAGGAUGCUGAUGAGGACAGUGCAAGUGAUCUCUCUGAUUCAGAAAGAAUUCCCAUUCCUCCUUCUCCCCUCACACCUCCUGAUCUCAAUCUUCGAGCUGAAGAAAUUGACCCAGUUUACUUUGAUCUUCACCCUGGUCAGGGCCAUACAAAGCCUGAAUACUAUUAUCCUAAUUUCCUUCCACCCCCUUUCAGCUUCUGGGACUUACGAGAUAUGGCCCUGCUUCUGAACGCAGAGAACAAAACAGAAGCCGUGCCCCGAGUGGGAGGACUUCUUGGGAAGUAUAUCGAUAGACUUAUUCAGCUUGAGUGGCUGCAGGUCCAGACUGUACAGUGUGAAAAAGCAAAGGGGAGCAAAGCAAGACCCCCCACUGCCUCUGGGACCUCAGGGGCACUGAAAAGCCCUGGGAGAAGUCAGCUAAUUGCUAGUGCUCUGUCCAAGCCACUACCUCACCAGGAACGGGCUUCCAAGUCAGGCCCUUCCCGAAAGAAACCUUUUCACCAUGAAGAAAUCCACCCAUCACAUUAUGCAUUUGAGACUUCCCCUAGACCCACUGAUGUGCUUGGUGGUACCAGGUUUUGUUCUCAGAGGCAAACCCUUGACAUGAGGACAGAAGAAAAGAAAAAGAAAUCAAGUAAGAGUACGAAGCUGCAGCGUUGGGAUCUGUCCUGCAGUGGAAGCAGCUCUAAGGUGGAGACCAACGGUAACAUUCGAAUUCCCAAACAGGCAGCUGUGAUUCUGGACUCCGCAGAUUCCUGUAAGGCCUCCAAAACACAAGCACACGCACAUCCUAGGAAAAAGGGAAAGGCAGAGAGCUGUGGUCAUGCCACUGUAUUGGGUGAGAAAAAACUGAAAACAAACGGAGUAAAGCAAAACACAUAUAAACUAAAAUAAAUACCUAAAAUGAUGAAUUGGCAAGACCUGCAGAAUUCUAAUGCAAAGACUCCCAGGUUGCCACAGAAAUCCCAGUCCACAGGGAGGCUCUUUCCCAUCUCCCCUCCCUCCCACUUUAAUUCCCAAACUCAAAAAGGCAGAUUAGUCUAGGCUUAAAAGAGGUUUUAGUAGAAAUAAUUUGCAAACCCCAGAUCCCCGGGAUAUUGUUGGAAUAAUGAUUUUUAGUGCUUUGGAAAGUAAAAGUUGUUUUUUCUUUUCUUUCAUUCUUCCCCAUCCCUUCCCCUUUAAUAAAGUUAUCAUUCUAGUCAUUUUCUAGUUUUUUUUCAUUUGUUUCAAGAGGAUAAGUUUAUAGAAAAUAGUCACUAACAUAUCCUGCUAUAGAAAGAGAUGAUUGGGCCUUCUAUUUGGAAACUAGAACAAACAAAGAAACAAGUAAUUCUACUUUCCGAUAGGUGCUGGUUUUACUUCCUCUGGCUGAGCUGUUGUUCCUGAGGUCAGACCCCAGCCAGUCUUUUGUGUACGUGCAGGACCAUGGUGGCUUUAGUUUCUACCCCACCCUUCCUAGGAACUCUACUUGUGGCAAACGUAUGUUCAAGCUUACAAGUCAGCCCACCCCACUCUGAUAAAUGCAAGAAAAGCUGAAAAGGGAGGAGCAAGUUGGGAUGAAAGCGUCUGGGCAAAAGUGACCUGAAAACCAUUAGAGAAGAAGCUGCUGGCUGAGAAGGAGGUGUGUGGCUCCAGUGAGACCACCAGCUUGGAGGCCUGGUUAGCAGCUGCACGUUCUGGGUCUGUCUUGGGUAUUCCCAUAUGGCCAUGAGAUCCGGGAGGCACCCCUCGCUGCUGCUGCUUCUAGUGCUGCUGCUGUGGCUGCUGCAGGUCAGUAUCGUUGACAGUGUCCAACAGGAAACAGAUGAUCUUACUAAGCAAACAAAGUUCCAGGGAAAGAGCUACGAGCCUCUACGGCAAUCCAAGAGAAGAUGGGUGAUCACCACCUUGGAGCUGGAGGAGGAAGACCCGCGACCCUUUCCCAAACUCAUUGGUGAGCUGUUCAAUAAUAUGUCUCAUAACAUGUCACUAAUGUAUCUAAUCAGUGGACCUGGUGUGGAUGAAUAUCCAGAGAUUGGUUUGUUUUCUCUAGAAGACCAUGAGAAUGGAAGGAUAUAUGUUCACCGCCCUGUUGAUUGAGAAAUGACACUGUCUUUCACGAUAUCUAAAAUUUGAUAUAUUCUAAGCUCGGAUUUAAAAGCUCUUGCAAGACUGUUGUAUUUGGGUCAGUGGUGUGAAUGAUCAUGCACCCCAGUUUCCAGAGAAGGAAUUCAACAUCACUGUGCAAGAAAACCAGUCUGCAGACUGCUCCUCAGUUUACACUGCUAAUCAGAGCCAGGGACUGUGGAGAACCGUCACUGUCAUCCAGGGCCACCGUUCACAUGGAUGUGCAAGAAGGCAACAACCACAGGCCUGCAUUUACGCAGGAGAAUGUGAGCUACCUGGGCCACCCCGACAUCUAAGCCCCAAAACAAGUAGUCCUGGGAUCCUAGGCUCAGUUUUUCUUGGGGAGGGUGUUAGGCUGUUAUCAUAUUGCCAUGAAGAAAUACCUGAGACUGGGUAAUUUAUAAAGAAAAGAGGUUUAAUUGGCUCAUGGUUCUGCAGGCUUUACAGGAAGCCUGAGGCUGGCACCAGCUCAGCUUCUAGGGAGGCCUCAGGAAGCCUAUGAUCAUGACGGAAGGACAAGGGGGAGCAGGCAUGUCACUUGGUGACAGCAAGAGCAUGCAAGACACGGGGGGGUGGGUGGGGGAGAAUGAGGAACAAGAGAGGUAAGAGGGACCGCACACUUUUAAAUGACCAGAUCUCAUGUGAACUCCGGGCCAGAGCUUCCUUAUCACCAAGGGGAUGGCCAGAGCUAUUUAUGAGGGAUCUGCCCCAUCAUCCAAACACUUCCCACCAGGCCCCACCUCCAACACUGGGGAUCACAUUUCAACAUGAGAUUUGGGCUGGGACAAAUCUCCAAACUAUAUCGGGGAGUCACCCAAGAUAUGUGCAGUUCUCCAAAGUGACUUAAGCUAGAAUCAAGAAGCCAAAUCAUAUUGACAUAGAAGCACUUCAUAAUGGUCACAUGAGCUUACAUUUUUGACUGCUGUAUGCCAGAAACUAUGCUAAGAACUUUCACGUGCAUUUUUUUCAUUUUUGAUUAUUGAAACUAUGACAUGAUUUCUGUUUUACAGAUGGGAAAACUGAGGUCUAGGAGAAGACAGGGAAUUCCUGUUUACUUGGAGUCAGGAGUUCCUAUGCUCAGCCUAACUGACACUGGGCCAGAUGAUUAUUUGGAGUGGGGGCUACUCUGUGUGCUGUGGGAUAUUCACCAGCAUCCCUGGCCUCCGCCCAGUAGAUGUCAGUAGCGCCCCUCAGCUGUGACAACCAAAAGUGUCACCAGACAUUGCCAAAUGUCCCUCAGGGAGAAGAAUCACCCUUGGGUGAGAAGUCUGCACCUGAAGUUUUCACACUGUGUUCAGGAUUCUAGAGGGAAGGUGAGCAGGUAGGCUUUGGCCUCGCCUUCCACACCUUACCUUAUCCAAGUACAGAAGUAACUGCAGUGACCAUUUAAAAACGUUGUAUGUCAGGGUCCACAUGGGAUUUCCCAGGCUGCAAGACUCCCAGCCUUUAAGAAAGCAUUGAAAACCACUGUGUAAGAUGGUUUGGGAUGGAUGCUCCACCUAAGGCAUGUGAGACGGCUAAGAGAUAAAAUAAGAAUCACUCAAGAUCUAUUUCCAAUAUUUUAUUUUUUACUAUUCCAUAUGUAUUUUUAAAAAGGUAAAUAUCCACCAUACUUCCUUUCUCCUGACUCUGUCAGUGAGCCCUUUCUUGACUACUGAGUUAAAACCCUCCCACUUCUUUCCUGGGACACACUCUAGCCCCUUUGUGUUUUCUUCUGCUUAAUAGUGUUCUACUUAAUCAAUUAGUUUUAUUUAUUUUAUAAAUCCCCCUACACACACACACACACACACACACACACACACACACACACACACUCAGCUCUCAGCUCCAUCAAGGACGGAAUUUUUGCCUGUCUUGUUCACAGCAUCUGAAAUGCAAUGUGGCACAUAGAAGCUGUUGUUUAAUAAAUGAUGCAAACAAUUAUUUUUAAAAGGUGUCAUUUAAUUAGAAAAAAACCUGUAUAAACCAAAGUGAAAUGUUUGCAAACCAAAGCACCUCACCAGAAGUAUAUAAUAACUACAAAAUAAUAUUAUGCUUGAACUUCGUUUUGAAAUCUUUUCCUGCCUUGGUAAAAAGCAAUGCUCUCAAAAAUACAGCUGGAAAAAAAUAUACCCUGUUAUUUUGAAGUGCUUAUCUAGAAAUAUUGUCUCCAAAAAUAUUGAAUAACAAGCUAUUUUGAAGAUCUACAUGUGUUAGAAAAAUGACCACCUUAAUCUGAAUAACCACAGUGUUCUAUUUUAGGGGAAAGAGCUAGGAUUUUUAGAGAGCAUAAACUAGAAUUGCGUAUUAUUAUUUUUAAAAUUCUUAGAAAAAAUAGGGCAUUGAGUUGGAUUUAAGAGUACUUUAAAAAUUAUUUAGUGAGUCACAGGUAGGAGGGGGCAGAUAUUCCAACGGAUGUACCUUCUGCUGUAACAGAGGAGUUGCAAAUCCCUUAGGGCAGGUUUAGCAGCAUGAGGAAUAUCCAGGGUGUUGUGAUAAGGAGCAACAUUUUUUUCUCCUUCUCUCUCUCGCUCUCUCUCUGCUUCUCUCCCUCCUUCCUCUCUGCUUUCCUUUUCAAUUGUGUUUUUGUUUCCAUGACAUGGACAUGAUGAUUGCUUCUUUCAGUAUAAGAUUCAUAUUCCUGAAGGCCGAGUCAGCAAGGGCGUGUUGCAUCUCCUGGUUCGAGAUCGAGAUUCUCCAUUUACAUCAGCUUGGAGAGCAAAAUUCAACACAUUGCAUGGCAUGAAGAGGGACAUUUUGACAUUUCAACUGACCCUGAGACCAACGAAGGGAUAUUAAAUGUCAUCAAGGUAACACCAUACCGGUGACAUACCAACCAGGUGGUGGCAGACGCUGAGGCCUCUUCUGUAGGAUCACUCAUAAUGAACUAGGGAGCUAAUGCCUGUGGAUGCUGGAUGCUGAGCCCAUUACGUACCGUGUGUCACCAGGCCAGGAAGGCAGGGUCUCAGUGCCACUUCUGUGUGUGGGCUGAGGACUCCUCCUACCAAAAUAAUAUCAAUAAUACAACUUAUUUUGAUAUGACUAAAUACUUCACCAUUUAAGUUUUUGUUGUUGUAGGCAAAAUGUAAUAGAUUUACAUAGGCCUUACAAUGAUUAUUCUUUUUCAGAUGUGAUUAAAAAAAUGAAAACAUUUUCUUCAA